AUGAAAAUUCCCGCAGACUCUCAACUAGAGUUCAGGACUUAUUUUGCCCAGGUGAUAGAGGAAUUGAAGGACAUAAAGAUUCAAUUAACAAAGUUAAAUGAUUCUUCAGCCAUUCAAGAGCGUGGUAAGCUUCCCGCUCAGCCUCUAAUUACUCCCAAAGGGCAACAUAUGGCACAAACCUCCACUUCUUCAAAGUCUAAUCUAAAAAAGGUUAAUGCCAUUACUACUCGAAGUGGUCAAAGUACAGUAUCACCAUUACCUAAGACCACUAGUGUACCAAUGCCUGCUCCAGAUGCUAAAAUGCCACAGAACCCUCCAGUGAAGGUGCCCUUCCCUCAGGCUUUGAAAUCUACUAAGAAGGUACUGGAAAAUCAUGGUGAAAUCCUAGACAAUUUAAAACAAGUGAAGAUCAAACUGCCUCUCUUGCAUGUGAUCAAACAAGUACCAGCAUAUGCCAAGGUCAUCAAGGAUUUAUGCACCAUGAAAAGAAAACACCAUGUCAAGAAAACUGCAUUCUUGACAGAACAAGUAAGCCUAGGAGAAAUCAAGCCCACAUCUGUGGUGCUGCAAUUGGCUGACCGCUCAAUCAAAAAGCCACGAGGAAUAGUUGAAGAUGUCUUGAUUAAAGUUGGAAAAUUCUAUUACCCCGCUGACUUUUUGAUUUUGGACACUCAGUCUGAGGUUAAUACUGAGUCAAAAAUUCCCAUCAUUCUCGGUAGGCCUUUCCUUGCAACAGCCAAUGCUCUCAUUAACUGUAGGAAUGGUCUCAUGAAAUUAUCUUUCGGGAAUAUGACUAUGGAAGUCAAUAUUUUUCAUGUUGUGAAACAACCACCAGACGAGGAGGAAGAUUGCUAUCAUACUGAUGUGAUAGACACAAUUGUUGAGGAGGAAAUUCUUUUGCAUGAUGAUUCUGAUUCUUUAAAUGAUCUCCUCCAUGACUUUGAUACUGAAAAUAUGCUUUAUCCACCUGAGGAAGCCAAUGUUUCUUCCAUUCUUGAGAUGUCCCAAGAUGAAGCAUCACCGUCGCAAUAUGAGAAUUUGCGAUUCCAGACCUGA